AUGCAUGUGCUGGAUCCAUUUUUGCCUAUUAGGGUAGAAAUGACAUCUAACACUGUCAAGGGAGCAAUCUCUGCCUGGCUUACUGGACUUGGGACUAUGGGGAACAUCUUUGUUUUUGUGAAGUACAUGCAUGUAUUUGCAGGCCGUGAGAUGAAACCUAUACAUCUCAUUCUCAUCCAUUUGGCUGUUACAAAUAUCAUGACUCUGCUUUCCCAGGGAGUGCCAGGUACCUUAGCCGUUUUGGGUGUGAGGAACUUCCUAGAUGACACAGGCUGUAAGAGUGUUGUUUACUUGUCAAGAAUAGCCCGAGGCCUCUCCAUCUGCACCACAGGCCUCCUCAAGGUGGUCCAGGCCAUCACCAUGAGUCCCAGACAGUCGGGAUGGAGGAAGCUUCAGCCCAGUUCUGCAUGGCACCUCCUUCCCUUGUGUCUUUUCUUUUGGAUUCUCAAUUCUUCAAUAGGCAUGAACUUACUCCUUUAUAUCAUAAGUAUAAGCAAAAAUUCAUCAAAAGGGAAUAUGAACUAUGUUCCCUGUUUUUUUCAACCAGAAAACCCAAAAGUGAAAUGGACAUUUCUUGCAGCCAUGGUAGUACGAGACAUCAUGUUUUUGGCCACUAUGGGCACUGCCAGUGUCCACAUCAUCUUUCUUCUCCACAAACACCACCAGCGUGCUCUCUGCCUACAGAUCUCCAAGUCACUCCACAAAGCUGCCCCUGAGGUCAGAGCCUCUAAAAGUGUGCUCCUUCUGAUGCUCUGCUUUGUUUUCUUCUAUUGUACAGAUUUUGUUUUUUCUUUGUUUGUUAUUUCUUUCCGGGAGAAUAAUUCCUUUUUAUUAUAUAUUUGGAAUUUUAUCAACCUUGGUUAUGCAAUUGUCAGCCCAUUUGUGCUGAUUCACAGAGAAGGACACCUGACUGAGUGCAGGCGACCUCUGUGGAACACAAGGGACACUGAAAAGUUGUGUAUUCCUUGGCCCUUUCCUUAG